AUGGUGGCUGCCCAGGUACCUGUUUGUGUGCGCGCCUCGCAGCGCCUGCGUCGCGGCUGCUCCAGGAGAGCCACGUGCUGCGUGGGGCUCCUGUGUGAAGAUCCUGUCCGGCCACGAGUGCCACCGCCCCUAGGUUAUUUGUGCAAACCAGAAGACAAUAUUUAUGAUAUCGACUUCACCAGAUUCAAGAUUCGUGACCUCGAAACUGGAACGGUGCUUUUUGAAAUUGCAAAGCCAUCUGCUUCAGAGCAAGAUGAAGAAGAUGAAGAUGAUAACAGUGAGCUAGAUGCCAGUGCAGGCCGCUUUGUUCGUUACCAGUUCACCCCGGCAUUUCUCCGUCUUCGGACUGUUGGUGCAACCGUGGAAUUCACAGUGGGAGAAAAGCCAGUGUCAAACUUCCGAAUGAUUGAGAGACAUUACUUCCGAGAUCGCUUGCUGAAGAACUUUGACUUUGAUUUUGGGUUCUGCAUCCCCAGUAGCAGGAACACAUGCGAACACAUCUAUGAAUUCCCUCAGCUUUCAGAAGACCUCAUCCGUCUGAUGGUCGAGAAUCCCUACGAGACGCGCUCAGACAGCUUUUACUUUGUGGACAACAAGUUGAUCAUGCACAACAAGGCCGACUAUGCUUACAAUGGAGGACAGUAACUGUUACACGUCCGUUGGAUGCUGUGCUACUGCAAACCAUUCCGGAUAUCCAGAGGGGGACCGGAGUUACUGUCCUAUGCAGCAAGGCUUCUUGCCAAACCUCUUCUCCUCGUGUGAGACUGAAAACAUGAAGAAAAGAAGGCAGCUCAUGAAAGUAGAGGAAAUCUCCCUACAGCGCUUCCCUAUCCAACAUUCCCAUGUACCUUGCCUCUGUCUUUCUCCAUUCCUGGAUACCUUCUGGUACCUCAGUUAGGUUAUGGAUUGGAGGCUCUGCUAGAAAAUUAUUGCUGUUUCUUU